AUUUAGCAUCAGCUUCAUUCAGAAAACCCCUCCGCUGCCAACAUGCAGGAAUGGGCGAAUCAGCUCUGCGAGAAUCGACAAUUUGGAUCCAAGAUGACGGACUCCAAGUACUUCACCACCACCAAGAAAGGAGAGAUAUUUGAGCUCAAGGCAGAGCUGAACAGUGAUAAGAAAGAGAAGAAGAAAGAGGCUGUAAAGAAGGUCAUAGCGUCCAUGACAGUUGGCAAGGAUGUAAGCGCUCUGUUCCCAGAUGUUGUGAACUGCAUGCAGACGGACAACCUUGAACUGAAAAAGCUGGUCUAUCUCUACCUGAUGAACUAUGCCAAGAGUCAGCCGGACAUGGCUAUCAUGGCUGUAAACACGUUUGUGAAGGACUGUGAAGACCCCAACCCUCUCAUCCGAGCCCUCGCUGUUCGCACAAUGGGCUGCAUCCGUGUGGACAAGAUCACGGAGUACCUCUGUGAGCCGCUGAGAAAAUGUCUGAAGGACGAAGACCCAUACGUGAGGAAGACAGCCGCUGUGUGUGUGGCAAAGCUCCAUGAUAUCAACGCCCAGUUGGUGGAGGACCAAGGUUUCCUGGAUACCCUCAAAGACCUCAUCUCUGACUCCAACCCCAUGGUUGUAGCAAACGCAGUGGCGGCACUGUCGGAGAUAGCAGAGUCUCAUCCCAACAGUAAUCUACUGGACCUGAAUCCCCAGACCAUCAACAAGUUGCUGACAGCUUUAAAUGAGUGCACAGAGUGGGGACAGAUAUUCAUCCUUGACUGCCUGGCCAAUUACACACCUCGUGAUGACCGUGAAUCCCAAAGCAUCUGUGAACGUGUGACCCCACGGCUCUCGCAUGCCAACUCGGCAGUGGUGUUGUCAGCAGUAAAGGUUUUAAUGAAGUUCAUGGAGAUGCUACCCAAGGACUUGGACUACUAUGGCACCCUGCUGAAGAAACUGGCUCCUCCUCUGGUCACUCUGCUUUCUGCGGAGCCCGAGUUGCAGUAUGUGGCACUAAGAAACAUCAAUCUCAUCGUGCAGAGACGCCCAGAGAUCCUGAAGCACGAGAUGAAGGUUUUCUUUGUAAAGUACAAUGACCCAAUCUAUGUGAAACUGGAGAAGCUGGACAUCAUGAUUCGUCUAGCGUCUCAAGCCAACAUCGCUCAGGUGCUGGCUGAGCUGAAGGAGUACGCCACCGAGGUGGAUGUGGACUUUGUCCGUAAAGCGGUCAGAGCCAUUGGCCGCUGUGCCAUCAAAGUAGAGCAAUCAGCAGAGCGUUGUGUCAGCACCCUGUUAGACCUCAUCCAGACUAAGGUCAACUAUGUGGUGCAGGAGGCCAUCGUGGUCAUCAAGGACAUCUUCCGCAAGUACCCCAACAAGUAUGAGAGUGUGAUUGCCACUCUGUGUGAAAACCUGGACUCCCUGGAUGAGCCGGAGGCCCGUGCUGCCAUGAUCUGGAUCGUGGGAGAGUACGCUGAGCGCAUUGACAAUGCUGAUGAGCUGCUUGAGAGCUUUUUGGAGGGAUUCCACGAUGAAAGCACUCAGGUGCAGUUGCAGCUUCUGACGGCCAUCGUCAAGUUGUUCUUGAAAAAGCCCACUGAGACCCAGGAGCUGGUGCAGCAGGUUCUAAGUCUGGCCACACAGGAUUCUGAUAACCCAGACCUCAGGGACCGCGGCUACAUCUAUUGGCGUCUGCUCUCCACAGACCCUGUGGCCGCUAAGGAGGUGGUACUGGCUGAGAAGCCCCUGAUCUCAGAGGAGACGGAUCUGAUCGAGCCCACGUUGCUGGAGGAGCUCAUCUGCCACAUCGGUACUCUGGCCUCUGUCUACCACAAGCCACCAAGUGCCUUUGUGGAGGGCAGCCGUGGCGUUCAGCACAAGAGGAUCACUGGCAGUGUUGGAUCUGGUGAGAGUGAGAGCCCAGAGACAGGUUCUGCUGCUGGAGCUUCUGAGGCACCUCCUGCUGUCAUCCCAUCCCAGGGAGACCUCCUUGGAGAUCUGCUUAAUCUGGACCUGACGCCUCCUACCACCACAGGACCACCACCCCCCACCUCUGGCAUGCAAAUGGGUGCUAUGGACCUACUUGGAGGAGGAUUGGACAGCUUGCUUGGUGGAGACCUUGGAGGAAAUGCUGCUAUGGGGACUGGUUUCGGCGCUCCAACUCCAGCUGCAAUGCCUGCGUCUUUCAAUGCCCCUGUCAGCGGUGGUCUGGAUGACCUGUUUGAUCUCGGUGGAGGAGUUGGUAUUCCUACGGGGGUGAACAGCGCACCUAAAACAAUUUGGCUUCCUGCCAUGAAGGCCAAAGGUCUGGAGAUAACUGGCACUUUUGCCCGCCGUGCCGGGGUCAUCCAAAUGGAGAUGACCCUCAAUAAUAAAGCAAUGAGUAUCAUGACUGAUUUUGCCAUCCAGUUCAACAGAAACAGCUUUGGUCUUGCUCCAGCUGGUCCACUCCAGAUUCUCACUCCUCUCGGCCCAAACCAGAGCAUAGAAGUUGCCCUUCCCCUGAGUACUGUGGGCCCUGUUAUGAAGAUGGAGCCUCUGAAUAACCUGCAGGUGGCUGUUAAGAACAACAUUGACGUAUUCUACUUCAGCUGCCAGUACCCCAUCAACAUGCUGUUUGUCGAGGACGGGAAGAUGGAGCGACAGGUGUUCCUCGCCACAUGGAAAGACAUUCCGAAUGACAAUGAGUCCCAGUUUCAGAUCAAAGACUGCCAUCUCAACUCAGACGCAGCCUCUAACAAACUGCAGGGCAGUAACAUCUUCACCAUAGCCAAGCGUACAGUGGAGGGUCAGGACAUGCUGUAUCAGUCCAUGAAACUCAGCAAUGGAAUCUGGGUGCUGGCCGAGCUGAGGGUGCAGGCAGGAAACCCAAACUACACGGUCUCUCUGAAGUGCAGAGCUCCAGAAGUUUCCCAGUGUGUGUUCCAGACCUACGAGGCCGCGCUGAAGAACUGAAGAACCCCAGUUUGUUGACCCGGCCGCCCCCCCUCACCUCCUCCUCCUGCUCGUCCUCACCUGACCCCCGCACCAUAUUACGAUUGCCGCAGUGCAGGAGCCAGCGCCUGCCACGUCGGGCCUGGAGACUGCUUUGCUUCAUUCAGCUGGUUAAUGACCUACUGUCUCAUUUUGAACCGUGUUGUUUUUUUUCUAAAGAGAUGUCUGGUUCACUUUGUUCACACCAUAAAUUACACAACAUAAUGCUGUGAUGAAUUGUGUGAAUGAACAUAUUUGAGACUCUUCCCCCCCCCCCAACCUUAAUUAAUUUGCAGACAGACGGCUGUGACACUUGUAUUCCCGUGACUGUUUUCUCUGCAUGAGGCUCUUCAAUCAUGAUCUAGCCCGUCUUCUCUGCAACCUUCAGUCUAUUUUUAGCAUCUGCAAUCAGCAGGUGAAUCGACACUGUGGGCAUAUUUAUUUUGGGUUACUUCCUAUUUAAACACAGCAUAACAAAAAGCUUUAACUCUCCUCAUCCCUCUGCGUGUGUGAAGUGGAAGGUGGCUGUCAGGGUCAAAUAUUUACAAACUACACUAUUCUCGUCUUUGUCAUUUUACAGUUUUCUUUAGUAUCCGUGUUUGGAUCAGAUUCCUUCUUUUCUGCUGUCCCCUGAAAGCAGAACGACUGAUGUGCUGUGUGCAUGGAAGCUGUCAAUGUGUGGCCAUUUUUUUUUAUUUUUACAUCAAUAUCUGCACAGUUUAUAGACAAGCAGCAGUUGUCCACUCACUGCACUCUUACUUAAUCAUUCCAUGGUUUGAUUUGUGUCCAUAUUCUUGUUGUGUUUAUAGUCCUGUUAGUGCGGCAAACUGGGAGAGAGCCUUGGGCGUAAAGGAUUUUGUAUUUGCGGCUUUCGCCUGCAUCAGUGGCAGCCACUCGGGCUCUCUCUGCCACUUUGCUAUUGCUUCAUCCUCAUCGCAGCUUUUCAAGCACCAUGGCCGCCUGAGAUGAAGGCUCAGGUUAGAACUUAUGACGUCCUGGUUUGUAACACUUGUGAGUGCACAUGUAGGUAGCGCACACUGGCUUAGCUGAAACCAGGCUAGAACAACAUCCAGUAACGCUGUUGUACCCCACAGACUCUAAAGAUUAAUUAUAUUCCUUCUCGAGUCAUUACACCCAAGCCCUUUUUAUCGACUGCGGGAUGUAUGCACCUACGGUAACACCUCACGCAGAUUACAACAGAGGUGGCUGUGUGUUCUGAGUGUGUGUCUUUGUGUGUGGUGACGGCUGAUUCAUAUGAAAUGCUGUUUUAAAAAAAAAAAGAAGUGUUUAAUCAGAUGUUGUUGUUUUUUGAUUGAUAUGAUUUUGUUCAUUCUGUGUGCAUCAUCUGAAAAAACAACUAUUAAAAGACUUGAUAAAUUCA